AUGACGCAGGACAUGUCGUCCCGCAUAGAGUACUCGGAGAAGUACGUCGACGACACGCAUGAGUACAGACAUGUGAUCCUGCCCAAGGAGAUGGCCCGCAACUUGCCCGACCGCCUCCUCACCGAGAGCGAGUGGCGCCAGCUUGGCGUGCAGCAGAGCCGUGGCUGGGUGCACUAUGCGAUCCACAAGCCGGAGCCGCACAUCCUCCUCUUCCGCCGCCCGCUGGGCACGGACCCGACGACCGGCCGCGUCAACUCGAUCUUGGAGCGCGAAGCCAAAGAGAAGUACGCCCAAGACAUCGGACAAGGACGUCAGUAA